AUGGCCCCUCAACUUCUUGCUCUUGCUGCUCUUGCGCUCCGUGCCACCACCAUGUGCCCUGUCAGCCCUGCCUGUCCUGACAACAAUGGGUGUGUGAACAAUAUCAAAGGAGUCAAGUUCCAAGUCGCCUGCGGAACUGAUUACUACGGCGGAGACUUGAUCCGUGCCGAGACUUCCACCAUCGGCGAGUGUAUGCAAGCCUGCGCCACCAACACUCUCUGUGUUGCUGCCAGCUAUGUCGGAAACAGCUGCUACCUGAAGUCAACCCUCACCGGUGCCCAGUCCAACUCCAACGUCGUUGGCAUCGCUAUCACUUCCAAGAAGACCACCGUGACCGAUGAGGGCAAGAAGCCAAGGAAGGCGUGCCCCUCCAACUUUGCCUGCCCUACCGACAACGACUGCUCUUUCACAUCCGGCGGUCGCACUCUGGUUCUGACCUGCAGCAAUGACUUCUACGGUUUCGACUACGGCAACGUGUUUGUCGAAAACCUUCAGGCUUGCACUCAGGCUUGUGCGGCUGAUACUAAUUGCGAGGCUGCUUCGUUUAAUGGUGGAGCAGGUUCCGGUUACUGCUACCUGAAGAACACCAUGGGUCCCUCCAACGCCAAUAGCAAUGUCAACUCCGUUUACGUCCUCACCCCCAACACUCAGUAA